GAAAACCCAGACUGAACAGGAAAUACGGCGUUCAAAUUGAAAAGUCUUUUUUCAACAUGUCCUUCAACGCUACCUGCACCUGUUCUGCCAACUGGUACUGACGCAAGUCUUCCUUCGAACAGAAAAGAAAAGACAAAAAAAAAAAAAAAAUCACAAAAACAAGUUCCUCUUUCUAUAAAUGUUUGUGUGCUUUUUCACAUCUAUGCUUUCCACCACACCCUCUGCAAAUUUGACUUUAAUCUGUGCUUGCAUUCCUUCCACCAGUCUCCACCUACCCUCUUCUUUUUUUCACAUCAUAUCAUGCAUCACUCCCCCCCCUGCUCUCGCUCUCAUCUGCAUGUAUCGUUUGACAUUUUUCAAACACCCUUACUGACAUCUAAGCUUGGUCCCAGUGUCAGCCCUCAGUCUUUGGCGCCACAAACUGUCGAGAUAUCUCUACUCAACAACUUUGGCUCUAAAUGUAAACAUACUGAUGGACCUUCGGAUGACAGCUUCCAGGUUCCCUUGAAAGUACCCGGAGUUUUUGACUGCACAGUUCAGCUGAAACUAAGACAUUUGAGACCCUUUUUUUUUUACAGACAACAGAAGGCUUAACACAAAGAAACCACAGAUACAGCUAACAAAGUCUUUCAUACAAACAUUUUGACAACAUGCAAGGGAAAAUGGCCCCCUCCGAUAAAACAGUGCUGGUUCUUUUUUUCACCCUGGUGAUCCUAAUUGCGCUGCUGGUUUUCCUGUACAAGAAAUUGAACAAGGAGGCAAACAACGAAUAUACAAUCCGACAGAUAGUAUACAAGGAAGGCGGGGUCAGGGACCGGGUGAGAGGCGUAGCGCUGACCGCGGAAAGACAUCUCGGCAUCCAGCUGUGGCCUCAGAGUGACGAGGACGAGGAAGAGAUGCAGGAAGUACAGGAUGAGGAGAGAGAUGUGGAGGCUGGAGAUAGCCAGCAGGGGAGUGACGGAAGUGACACGGAUGGAGAAGAUGAAGAAGAGGAAGAUAGCAUGGACCGCAGCGGCAGCACGAAGGAGAAAGACGGGAAUAGCUCAUGUGGGGAGAGUUCAGGGGCAGGGGAGGAAGAUAGGCUGAUGAGCGAUAAACCAGAGGAGAAGGAGGAGGUGGCGAGCCAAAGUGAGGAAAAGCAGGAAAAGGAGGUAAAAGAAGAAGGUAAAGCGGAAGCAAGCGGUGGGACUGGACUGUUGAUAGACCUAAAGCAGUUCUCUGGGAGUGCGAUCUGGUCAGAGGAGGGAGGAGGUGAGGGUCAGGGCGCCGAUGUGACUGCACUGUGAAAAGACAAGCAGGAUUUGUAAAACAGGGAGGUGUGGAAAGUGGUGUUGUACAACGGAGGGAAGACCGCAAGUCAGGGAGAAAACCAAAGUAUUGGAAAAUAGAAAUAAACAUUGAAGACAGCAUCAACAAACUCAUCCAAAUCAGUUACACCUUUUGGCCUUAAUGCCUUUGGUGUGGAGGAAUCAGAAAAGCAACAUGGCGGCUGAAUGAAGCUCUUAUAAAUAUGCAUUUGAAUGUCCCUUGUAAAGUUUGUCCUCUUGGACUUUAACAUGUUUUAAUGCUUCAAAUGUUUAUUGCAAUUUAUAUAAAAAUGGAAAACCAAAAUAUAUUGUAUUUUUAUUUUGUUUUGUCACUGUUUUUUUGUUGAAAGAGUAAGCAGCUACUGAGAAGGUAAAUACUCAGCAAUAAUUGAAAGGCUUUUUGUUGCUGUAUUGUCAGGGAAGCAACAUUGUCGAGACAAGGUAUAAACAUGUCCAACAUGGCUGUGUCAUAUGAUGCUCAUGAUGUGAAUAAUGCAACAACACAAAAUAAACUAUACCUUUAAUUUGUUUUAUUUCAUAGUUGUAUUCUUUUUUAAUAAAAAUGU